UCAAAGUCAUUGUUAAUUGGUUUGAAAUUUCUUUUGAAAUUUAGCUUUUGAUAUAACGAUCGUUUUGCACGACUUUAUGAUUCCUAAUUAAAUAAGAAAGACGGGAUCUUUUCGUCAUACGUUGUCGUCAUCAGACGUGCGAUAUGGGAAGUAUUUAUUACGACACCGCAGUGCACAGGACACCAUGAAUUAAAUAAUAAAAUAGGACAAGGUUGUGACGAUGAGAACGCAUUCGGUGAACGCUAUGAUUCCCGGAAGUGGCUCGUUAUUCAUCGUCCGUCAUCAUCAAGACCCUUGUCUACUAUAUGUCAUACCUUGUAUGCGCACCUCGCGCUCGUGCGCGCGACGACGACGAUGACCGCGGGUAUUAUCAUGCGAGAACGCAAAUUUCAUCUAUUAUUUAUAUUAGGGACUUAUCGUCAUCCCCUACGUACUCUCCUCGAACCUCUUGUAACACGUCCGGUCGCUCUUAAAGGGCUUCCUGUUUGUUAAGGUCGGCGCAACUAGAUAGGACGAGGAUCACGUCACAAAAACUUCCUAUACAUAGACGACAAUUAUCAAUCAGCCCUUCGUUCCUCCCUGUCUCUUUCCACUUCACUGUCAUUUCAACGGCCAUCCCGUUCCAGCGUUUUAAUCAGAAAGAAGAGCACAAGUUACACACAGUUGGCGAGCCGAUCUCCACUCACGAUCGGCCUGUUAGGAUGAGGUGAGUUCUGUAAUUUCGAUCUCAUCCCGCGAUUUCGUCGCCGCAACGAAUAAUGCCUUCAAGGGGAUCGACCGGCCGUCCCAAGGUAGACAGAUCCACUAGUCCUCUGCCGAGGAAACCGGUAGCGAGUCCCGUGAAUCCAGUGCAGGAGCUGAAGGCCCUCUUUGAGCCCACCAGCAACCGAGCUCCUUCCAAUGGCGAGAAAGAGUCGGACUUUCGAUUUGAAGCGAUACAAUGCCUACGACAGUCCUCGAUCAUCGUCAAGAGGCCCAAGGACCUACCAGAACGAGGGAACUGGAGCAGCAAGAUCGAAUUCAUUUUAUCCGUCGUGGGACUGGCUAUAGGUUUGGGAAAUCUAUGGCGAUUUCCAUACCUUUGUUAUAAAAAUGGCGGCGGUGCUUUUAUGGUGCCCUACUUCAUCGCGCUCGCACUGGCCGGUAUACCUAUGUUCCUGAUGGAACUGUCCUUAGGUCAGAUGCUGACGAUAGGUGGUCUAGGUGUUUUUAAAAUAGCACCUAUUUUCAAAGGCAUUGGAUACGCAACCUGCGUGCUUUCCUGUUGGACCAAUGUGUAUUACAUCAUCAUUCUCGCUUGGGCGCUCUUCUACUUUUUGGUCUCCUUACGUGCUGACGUACCAUGGAGAACCUGCGACAACUCGUGGAAUACGCGCUACUGCAUCACGCCUGAUGAACGUCUGAACGUGUCAUGCUGGCAGGAUGACUACUGGCCAAAUAAUGUCAUAUGUGCCACAUCCCUCGGGAAUUUGAGUCACGGGCUAUUGAAGGAUCCAGUGAAGGAAUUUUGGGAGAGGCGUACCUUAAUGAUAUCCUCAGGAAUCGAAGACGUAGGUAGUAUAAGAUGGGAACUAGCCGGUACUCUUGCGGUCGUGUGGGUCAUGUGUUACUUUUGCAUCUGGAAAGGCGUUAAAUGGACCGGCAAGGUAAAGCGAGCUUAUGAUAAAUCUUGGCCACUUUCGGACGUAGCGUAUGAAUUACACGAUGUAAUACAGGUUGUCUAUUUCACGGCGCUCUUCCCGUAUGCCUUGCUGGCGGUGCUGCUCGUGCGAGGUUUGACGCUUCCCGGCGCUUCGGAAGGUUUGAAAUAUUACGCUACACCGAAUCUCUCGAAACUUGGCGAUCCUGAGGUAUGGAUAGACGCGGUGACACAGAUAUUCUUCACUUACGCUCUCGGCCUAGGCGCGUUGGUAGCUCUAGGCAGUUACAACAAAUUUAAUAAUAAUGUUUACAAAGAUGCUCUCAUUGUAUGUGGAAUCAAUACUUGUACCAGCCUGCUUAGCGGAGUAGUCAUAUUUUCCGUGGUCGGUUUUAUGGCCCAUGAGCAACAGAAACCAGUGGCCGAUGUAGCUGCUUCUGGACCCGGUUUGGCCUUCUUAGUUUAUCCCUCGGCGGUAUUGCAACUACCCGGGGCGUCAAUUUGGUCCAGUCUAUUCUUCUUCAUGCUUCUUCUAAUAGGGCUAGAUAGUCAGUUCUGUACCAUGGAAGGCUUCAUCACCGCCGCCGUGGAUGAAUGGCCGCGAACACUCAGAAAACGAAAGGAAUUGUUCAUUGCAAUUGUAUGUCUGAUCUCGUAUCUAAUCGGGCUUCUAUGCGUCACAGAAGGCGGAAUGUACGUGUUUCAACUCUUGGACACGUAUGCCGUAAGCGGAUUUUGCUUACUCUUCUUGAUGUUCUUCGAGUGCAUCUCCGUCUCAUGGGCAUUCGGGGUGGACCGAUUUUAUGAUGGAAUACGAGACAUGAUAGGCUACUAUCCUUGUUUCUGGUGGAAGAUAUGCUGGACAUUUACCACACCUGCUAUUUGCGUGGGUGUUUUCAUUUUUAAUAUCAUUAAAUUCGUCCCUGUGAAAUACCUCACGUACGAAUUUCCGUGGUGGAGCCAUUUGUUGGGAUGGUUCGCGGGUCUUUCCUCGAUGUUAUGCAUUCCAGGUUACAUGAUUUAUAUCUGGUGCGUUACAUCCGGAACUACCUCAGAGAAAUAUCGGAAAUUGAUAAAAAUAGAAGAUAAUGUUGCUGCCUUGCGGAAGAAACUCAAUCCAAUCAAAGCCGCUGCCAUCGACGCGGAGUUUGAAUUAUAAAAUCGCAUUCAUGCCUUUUUCAAUCACAUAGAUUAUUUGAUGUAUGCGAUGAACUAUAAUAUGCUAAUGGGAAAGAUUUGAGCGCGCAAUUAAAUGUUUGCGAUUCAGAAUACAUCAAAGAUUUCACUAGAAUAGCAUCAAGACGAGGUAUCAUGCGUUUAUUCAUUUUGAGCGCAACCUUAUCUCGAGAAAAACGACGUUUAUUAAUUAAACUAAUCUAUUAUAUAUCUCUAUAAUCUGCUUU